UCAUUUCUAGGUAAGUUCCUUUUAAAUUUUAAUUAACUAGCUACCGGGUCCCGGACUCCCAACACACUGCGGUAGCCACCAUGUCGCUAAGAGUUGUCUGCCUUAGCAUCGCGCUGCUUUCGCUUCGACUGGCAACAAACGUGGACGCUGGAAGCUAUGCAAGCUACGCAGUUUUCCAAGUAAUUCCUACUUCGCCGCAGCAUGUCGACGCCCUGCAACGAUUCCUCCAUGGUCUCCGACACUCCCAUCAGGGUGCGCCCCAAGCAGGCAUACAGUUCUGGGAUGAGACGUUCUUCCUCAACCAGAGGCAUAAGGUCACUGUAGCCCCCGACGAAAUAGCUGCCUUCCAAACUUUCUGUCGCCAGCACAAUCUCGAUAUAGAACUGGUCUGGGAAGAUUUUUCCCGUGUAAUGAAGGAUCAAGAAGCGCCAAGCAGCCGGCUGGACACGGAUAAAGCCCCAUUGAUGAACUGGGACACUUACCAUCGAUACACAACGAUUACGAGCUUCUAUUUGUACUUGGAGACAACGCAUCCUGACAUCGUGCGCCGCGUACUCUUAGGCCAAACGUACGAAGGACGAAAUGUGUGGCUGCUAAAGAUCGGUCAUCUCGACGCUAAUGGAACAUUCAGUGAUCCCACUAAACCAUCCAUCUGGGUGGAUGGAGGCAUCCACGCGCGCGAAUGGAUCUCCAGCGCAACGGUGACCUUUAUGCUUAACCAGGUGGUGACAAAUAGCAGCAACCGGUGGAUGUACGAAAAUCUAAACUGGUAUUUUCUGCCCAUGAUCAAUCCCGACGGAUACGAAUACACCCACACAACCGACCGUUUGUGGCGAAAAACCAGGCGGAUUGAUCCCUUUAGUGAAUGCAUGGGAGUGGAUCCCAACCGAAAUUACGACUUUAUGUGGCAAAAAGUGCUGCCAGCGGUGGAUCCCUGCAGCCUCACUUACGGCGGCGCGUCACCUUAUUCCGAGCCGGAAAAUCUGCUUAUCUUCGAGAAGAUUUUGGAUCUUCGGCGGGAAUUGCGGGCUUUCCUGACUUUUCACUCCCAUUCGCAGUUAUGGAUGACGCCUUACGGAUACACCUACGAGCUUCCGGCUGAUUUUGCCGACAUGUAUGCUUUAGCCGUGAAUGCCACGGAGGCCCUGCGUGCCGUUUACGGAACAGUUUACCGUGUAGGGACCACCGCCGAGAUUCUCUACACAUCUUCAGGAACAUCGCGGGAUUUUGCUAAAGGUCGCACAACCACCAAAUACGUCUACACCAUAGAACUACGUGAUACCGGCGAGUUCGAGUUUAUUCUGCCGGCCGAACAAAUUAUUCCCAGCGGACGAGAGACGAUGGAAGCGCUGAAAGUGGUGGCUCACCGGCUUAUUGACGAGUUUGGCAGAUAAUGUAAAUGUGCUGACACGAGCUACUUUCUGUGCGAACUUCAGUAAACUGGUGUUAAGUACAGCAAAUUUAGUUAUUGCGCAAUGCGCACUAACCGUUAUUCGCUUGGUAAAACGUUGCUGCACUUAUGCAGCCAAAGAAGAAUGCUGCAUUCUGGAUGAUUGCUUAGGCGAAAAACUGCACCCUUGGCGCAACUUGUAUGACAAGCUCGUGUGUCGUGUUUGAGUUGUACUUAGUCAUGAAAUUAGAGAGGAGCGAAGAGCGCCGCGCCGCCAUUGCGCAUCACUGGCGUGGGAUGUGCACUGGCGUACUGACAUUCGUUUCCGGCAACACAUGUACAGUAUUUGUA